GUAGCACGCAGCUUUCCCAGAAGGCAGUUCGUGCUUCUCGCUUCUUCCCGGAUCUGCCUGGUGAGCGCGUGAAGUGCUUCUCUGCAGACUGGCCAUGGCGCUUCACGUCCCCAAAGCCCCGGGCUUUGCUCAGAUGCUCAAGGAGGGAGCGAAACAUUUUUCAGGAUUAGAAGAAGCUGUGUACAGGAACAUACAAGCUUGCAAGGAGCUUGCCCAAACCACUCGUACAGCAUAUGGACCAAAUGGAAUGAACAAAAUGGUUAUCAACCACCUGGAGAAGUUGUUCGUGACAAAUGAUGCAGCAACUAUUUUAAGAGAGCUAGAAGUACAGCAUCCUGCUGCAAAAAUGAUUGUAAUGGCCUCUCACAUGCAAGAGCAAGAGGUUGGAGAUGGCACAAAUUUUGUUCUGGUAUUUGCUGGAGCUCUUCUGGAAUUAGCUGAAGAGCUACUGAGGAUUGGCCUGUCAGUUUCAGAGGUGAUAGAAGGUUAUGAAAUAGCCUGCAGAAAAGCCCAUGAGAUCCUUCCUGAUUUGGUAUGUUGUUCUGCAAAAAACCUUCGAGAUGUUGAUGAAGUGUCAUCUCUACUUCAUACUUCCAUAAUGAGUAAACAGUAUGGUAAUGAAGUAUUUCUGGCCAAGCUUAUUGCUCAGGCAUGUGUGUCUAUUUUUCCUGAUUCCGGCCAUUUCAACGUUGAUAACAUUAGAGUUUGUAAAAUUCUGGGCUCUGGUAUCUAUUCCUCUUCAGUAUUGCAUGGCAUGGUUUUUAAAAAGGAAACUGAAGGUGAUGUAACAUCUGUCAAAGAUGCAAAAAUAGCAGUGUACUCUUGUCCUUUUGAUGGCAUGAUAACAGAAACUAAGGGAACAGUAUUGAUAAAGUCUGCUGAAGAAUUAAUGAAUUUUAGCAAAGGAGAAGAAAACCUCAUGGAUGCACAAGUGAAAGCUAUUGCUGAUACCGGUGUGAAUGUCAUAGUAACAGGUGGCAAAGUGGCAGACAUGGCUCUUCAUUAUGCAAAUAAAUACAAUAUCAUGUUGGUGAGGCUGAAUUCAAAAUGGGAUCUCAGAAGACUGUGUAAAACAGUUGGUGCUACAGCUCUUCCUAGAUUGACUCCUCCGGUCCCAGAAGAAAUGGGCCAUUGCAACAGUGUUUCUCUCUCAGAGGUUGGAGACACACAGGUGGUUGUUUUCAAGCAUGAAAAGGAAGAUGGUGCCAUUGCUACUGUAGUACUUCGAGGCUCUACAGACAAUCUGAUGGAUGAUGUAGAAAGGGCAGUGGAUGAUGGUGUUAAUACUUUCAAAGUUCUCACAAGGGAUAAACGCCUCUUACCUGGAGGUGGGGCAACAGAAAUUGAGUUGGCCAAGCAGAUCACAUCAUAUGGAGAGACAUGUCCUGGACUUGAACAAUAUGCUAUUAAGAAGUUUGCUGAAGCAUUUGAAGCUAUUCCCCGGGCACUGGCAGAAAAUUCUGGUGUUAAGGCCAAUGAAGUGAUAUCUAAACUUUAUGCAGUACAUCAAGAAGGAAAUAAAAAUGUUGGAUUAGAUAUUGAGGCUGAAGUUCCUGCUGUAAGGGACAUGUUGGAAGCUGGUGUUCUAGAUACUUACCUGGGAAAAUAUUGGGCUAUCAAACUGGCUACUAAUGCUGCCAUCACUGUACUUAGAGUAGAUCAGAUCAUCAUGGCAAAACCAGCCGGUGGGCCCAAGCCUCCAAGUGGGAAGAAAGACUGGGAUGAUGACCAAAAUGAUUAAAUAAUUAAAUUUUACUAUAGGUGAAAGCUGUAUUUGUAGUAGUACUGCAGGAAUUACCUGAUGUUUUCUUAUUUUCCUUAAGUUAAGAAGUGUCUCAUGUUUGUAUCCUUGGCUGGAUGAUAAAAUAUAAAUGUGUUGUUGCUACCAAAGACUCAGUAUCUGUUGAUUAUUGUUACUGGGUCUAAAUGAAAACAUUUUAAAUGUCUUUGUUCUAUAGUAUUUAGUGAUCUAGAGGCAGUUUGAAAGAAAGGCAGGGGAUUAAGCCUGUUUGUUGGUACCUUGUUAAUGAAAUUAGCUGCAGGAUAAAUGGCAAAUCACUGACGUCAUCAGAGGUCUGUUUUUCAUCUAUUAUCAAGCUCAUUGCCCUUUUGUUUUGUUUUAUUGGAAUAUGACCACACUCAAUGUUUACAUUUGGCUGCUUUCUCACUACAGGGAAAAGGCAGAGUUGAGUAGUUGUGACAACAGAGACCAAAUGACCUGCAAAGCCUAAAAUAUAAUCUGGUCCUUUAUAGGAAAAGUUUGCUAACCUCUAGAGUAGAUCUCCAGAGGUUAGCAACCCCCCACCCCCACCCACUCUGGAAAAC